UUGGCAGGCGUAGAAUUUCGGUACAAUAUCUGGCAAUUGCGAAUAAGGAACUGCGAAUCUGGAGCAAACUUCUGUCUCGUCUAUAUAUGGACAUUUUCUAAGCAAGAAUGUAGUCACAUCAUAUUUAAUUUUAAAUUAAUUAUUUUUUAUUGUUAAAUUGCAUACCGAAAAAGUCCGUGGGGAUAUGAGAACUGCCUCGACAAGACUGUUUAAACGUCGGGAACUGGUGACAUAUCGAAAUUUUUAUCUCAACACGGUAGCUAAAUAGAGGAACGGACUGCAGAACUGACUUCAUACAGAGGCCAAAAUACAUACGUAAGCAGCCGUUCUCUGGUGCCCCCUGUCUGAAGCUCACACGGUAACACCAUGAGGAGGACACAGCUGUGCUGGGCGGCGUUACUGCUGCUGCAGUUUGCUAAGAUUCCCACAAGUGCAACAUUCCAGCCAGAGGUCCCUGUGGCCACUGCAGCCAUGUCAUAUGACCUGACCGUGGCUCGUCAGCAGAUUAUAGCAGCACAGUUUGAGUGCUACCUGAAAAUCAUCAAUGACCCCCCUAAUCUCAGUGAAGGUCCACUCUGUAACCGCACUUGGGACGGCUGGCUGUGCUGGGAGGACUCCUCUCCCGGGACGGUGGUGCAGCUCUGCCCGGAGUACUUCCGCGACUUUGACCCUUCUGAAAAGGUGACCAAAGUGUGUGGCAGGGAUGGGCAGUGGUUCCGCCACCCUGAGAGCAACCGCAUUUGGUCCAACUACACCCAGUGCUCCGGCCACAUCAAGGACAAGCUCCAGGCAGCAUACAACGUGUACUACCUGGCCAUUGUAGGCCAAGGCUUGUCUGUGGUCUCCUUGCUCAUCUCUCUCUGGAUCUUCUUCUACUUCAAGAGCCUCAGCUGCCAGAGAAUCUCUCUCCACAAGAACAUGUUCCUCUCCUUCAUCCUCAACUCCAUCUGCUCAGUCAUCACCCUCUCUGUAGUGACCAACAACCAGCCGCUGAUAGCCAGCAACCCGAUGAGCUGCAAAGUGCUCUCUUUCCUGAGCUCUUACGCAUUGGGCUCCAACUAUUUCUGGAUGCUGUGUGAGGGAAUCUACCUGCACACCCUCAUCAUCGUCGCCGUGUUUGCAGAAGAACAGCAGAUGCACUGGUACUUCAUUUUGGGAUGGGUCUUCCCGCUUGUCCCUGCCACAAUAUACACUAUGGCCCGCUGCUUCUUCUAUAAUGACAGUUGCUGGAUCAGCGCACAGACUCACCUGCUGUAUAUUGUCCAUGGCCCCAUCUACACCGCCCUGCUGGUGAAUCUGUUCUUCCUGCUCAACAUAGUGCGCGUUCUCAUUACCAAACUCAGGGUGACCCACUGCACCCAAUCCAACGCCUACAUGAAGGCGGUUCGGGCCACCCUGAUCCUUGUGCCUCUGCUUGGGGUGCAGUUCAUCCCCUGGAUCCCUGAGGGACGCCUGGCCAAGGCCAUCUACUUGUUUGUCAUGCACAUCUUCACACAUUACCAGGGGCUUCUUGUUGCAACUAUAUUUUGUUUCUGCAAUGCAGAGGUGCAGACAGUGCUGAAGCGGAAAUGGACUCAGAUCAGUGUCCAGUGUGUAGGUCGACUGGGGACCGUGCGCUCUCGCUCCCACUCCUACUCCAACUCCUCCUUCACCGAAAUGAGCCGCGUCACCACCAGCCGGUCUAUCGUACCCCCAAACCCUGAGCCCCAGAAAGUAGUGCCCCCCCACCCUACCGUCCACGGCACCACACACUGCAGGGCACCCGCAGCUGGACGUGCUGCUCCCUGAGGCCCGGCAAACAGACCUCCACAAGCCACAGGUGCACAAGGCCACUGUGAGACAAAUGCACACAAACACUUCGGCAUGCACUGUGUGUUCAUGUUCAAAUUAACAUCAAGAGGAAUUAAAAGAGGAAUGACACUUGAGAGAUGUAUAUCUUAACCAGUGACGAAAGAUGGUUAUUUUUAUUAUGUUUCUAUUUGUAUUUGUAAUUUGUAUUUGUUUUAAUGUCUCGUUGACAAUGUGGUUCCUUUGAAUACAAUAAGAUAAAAACAAUAGAAAA